GUGAGCUAGAGCCUCUCAUUCAUAAAAAAGAGAAAGUUCAUUCAUAAAAGCUGCACAUUUCUGCUGUGCCUCAGUAAGAAAAAGACAGCAGGAGAAAAGUUGAUGCGGAGGUGAAGCAGAGCUGGAAGCCGGGAAACUGAGUAAGUGAAUGGUUUAGUGAGACAGGACACUACUCAGCAUGACUACAGUGGAGCAGACUGGAUUUUAGGCUACACAAGACAACCCCCAUCCCAUGCGGUGUUCAAGUCCCCUGAUUAUGAGAGAGCAAACUGUACCCAGAUUCAAAUCACAGUCAGGACUCUUACCAGGUAUGCUGAAGCGCACUAAAUACAGUCGUCUGCGGAACGAUUCUUUGACCUCUCUAGAGGAUCAUUCCCAAAGACUGCUGCCUCUGAAGAGGGAUCUGUGUUUGGACUCUGAUUUUGCUCAGCUGGAGCCUGGGACGCCUUCUCACCACGGGCCAUCCACCCUGAGAAACUUCAUUCCCAGAGUGGCCAACAUUCAACUGCAAAGCCCUAUUUCCCUGAGAGGUCCGGGGGGAAAGACAAAUACAGCUGGAGACAGAAACAUCAAUGGACACACUGACAAACCACGGUCCAGAACAGAUUGGGUCUCAGGGUCUGAUGAGAGAUUUUGCAGCCACCCUUCUCCUAAUGAGCCCUUCUUCACUGGCCAAAACCUAAUUCACCCGGCUCUGCUCUGCACAAAACGCCCCAUCACGCUACAUCGGAUGACCAGUCUCCCCUGUCCUCAACACGGAGGUGAUCUGUGCCGUUUGAAGACUUUAUCUGCUGUAGAUGACUGUGCAGUGACGAGGACAGCGAACAGAGCAGUUCACUAUCACAUUAAGUACAUGGGUAGCGUGGAAGUGAUCCAAUCCAUGAGAACACUCGACUUUGAUACAAGAAUGCAAGUGACUCGAGAGGCAAUGAGCAGACUAUGUGAGAGGACAUCAGCGAAAACAGCAGUGAAAAAUAAAAGGCCUGUGUGCAAGGGGCUGUCUGCUGUUCUGGGUCAAAUCAAUUUGCAGUUUUCAGGGAGCAGGGUCAUCCUCACUGUCUCCACAGACAGCAUGACUCUGGUCACAGCCUCCUCCUUAGAGAGGAUUGCCGACCACCCCAUGCAGGCCAUUUCGUUUGCAUCUGGAGGUGACCCAGACAUGGCAGACUACAUUGCUUAUGUUGCAAAGGACACCAUCAAUCAGAGAGCUUGUCACAUCUUGGAGUGUCCCAGGGGUCGGGCUACUGAGGUUAUCAACAGCAUUGGUCAGGCCUUUGAGACUCGUUUUCGACAGCUUCUCAGCCAAACAUCAACAAUCCUCUCUCCAAGGUCUGCAGUGAGAGUCUGUCCCAACUGCUGCCCAGAAGAAACAAAAACAGACCUAAAGGUCAAACAGGAAGAUAAAGUCACCGACCAGAGAGACUAUUACAAUGUCAUUCCUGGAAAGACACUACCACCUGGUGGAAAAGAGGAUCUGCAGGUCACAAAGGAGGAAAAAAUAUAUGAUGCUGACAUACAGGAGGUCUGUUUGUCUUGGCCUGUUUCGCUGUAUGAGAACUGCUCCAUUACAGAGGACGCCCCAGCUCUACCUGCAGUGAGGUCUGAAGGCUGUCCUGAACAAUGCAGUCUUGUCUCUGAGACCCAGGUAGACAUGAUCCAGGAAGAAGGCUGGUUUCAUGGCAGGUUGGGCAGAGAGCAGGCAGAGUCACUUCUCACAUGUAGUGGGGACUUCCUGGUCAGAGAAAGCAGCUCUGCCUCUGGUCAGUAUGUACUUAGUGGUAUGGAGGGACAAACCAUGCGACACCUACUGUUGGUUGACCCACAUGGUCAGGUGCGUACACGUGACCAGGUGUUUCACAGUGUCAGUCACCUGGUGCGGUUCCACAUGGAGAAGCAGCUGCCCAUCAUUUCUGGAAGCAGUUCGCUGUGUCUGAGGCAGCCAAUCCUGCAAACACACUAGCACACAAAUCCACAGACUGUCACAAGCAUAAACGAACUUUGACCACCAGUUUUUGAAUUGAGACAAAUCUAACCCAAGUAAAAGCUCUUCAACACUUUUAGCUGCCCGAUCACAUUAAAAUGCGGUCUCAGUUGGACAUGAGUUCUGGUGGUCACAUGUGUAUCAACUUGUGAGGACAAUGUUGUAAUCUUUGUUCGCUGCUGUAUGUUUGUUGUUUUUAUGAUAAUUUGGUUUUCAUUUAUUUCUUUUGACAUGAGUAAAGUCCCAACUUAUUCCCAAGAAAAACCGUUGGCCUGCAGAACAUCCGGUCCCUCUCAGGCUGAAUAUACUGGUGUUUACUCAAAGUUGAAGUAUAAUCUGCGGUGCUGGGGGAAAUUACAAGAAUGUUGGCUGACUUUCCAAAUCAUUUUUUACAUGCUAAAUUUGUCUCAUGUUCAUUGUUUAGAUUUAUUUUCUUGUUAUAGUCCAAUGCCUCUGUUUCCCAUGCUUGUCUUUUGAAAAUAGCUUUUCAUUGCUGUCUUAGUCUGCAUUUCAAAUGCUCUUUUUUAAUAAGAACAUGCAAAAAAAAAAAAAAAAAAAAAAAAAAAAAAAAAAAAAAAGGUGGUUUUGUUUGUCUCAGAUUAGCUGGAAAAUAUUUGGAUAUAAUCUGUUUCCCAUGAAAUAAAAUUCAU